AUGGAGCAGCUGCUGCGAACGGAGCUGCGGACGCAGACCCUGCGAGCCUUCGGGAGUCCAGGUGCCGGCGGCAUCAGCGAGGGCCGCGCCUAUGACACAGACCAGGGCCCGGUGUUCGUCAAGGUCAACCGCAGACCGCAGGCUCGGCAGAUGUUUGAGGGGGAGAAGGCCAGCCUGGAGGCCCUCCGGAGCACAGGCCUGGUGCGGGUACCUCAGCCAAUCAAGGUCAUCGACCUGCCAGGAGGUGGGGCCGCAUUCGCGAUGGAGUACCUGAAGAUGAGGAGCUUGAGCAGGUGUGUGCGUGUAUCUGUGCAUGCAUGCGUGAAUGAGUGGCAGGAGGAUUGGCCGACCUUCUUUACCCGGCACCGGCUCCAGGCGCAGCUGGACCUCAUUGAGAAGGACUAUGCUGACAGAGAGACGCAGGAGCUCUGGUCGCGGCUACAGGUGAAGAUUCCAGAUCUGUUUGGUGGUCUGGAGAUCAUUCCUGCCUUGCUCCAUGGUGACCUCUGGUCAGGAAAUGUGGCUGAGGACCACGAGGGGCCCAUCAUUUAUGACCCAGCCUCCUUCUACGGCCACUCGGAGUUUGAACUGGCUAUUGCUUUGAUGUUUGGGGGGUUUCCCAAGUCCUUCUUCACUGCCUACUACAGUAAGAUACCCAAGGCCCCUGGCUUUGACAAGCGCCUGCAGCUUUACCAGCUCUUUAACUACCUGAAUCACUGGAACCACUUUGGGCGGGAGUACCGCAGCCCAUCUCUGUGUAUUAUGAGGAAGCUUCUGAAGUAG